UUUUUCAAGUUGACACUAGGAGGGGACUCGGGUUCGAUUCUGCGCCUGCGUAGUGAAACCCCGGGCGCGCCGGCGGCAUUCUCUGCAGAGGGUGACGUCAUCCCCUCCCUGCCGCCCGCUCCGCCUGGUGAAGGGGAGGGGCCGCGUUCGCCGGUUGCAGGCGCCGCCAUGGCUGCCAUAUUGGAGAGGAAGUGAGUGCAGGAGGCGGCGAGGGUGGCCUGGGCGGAGCAGCGCCGGUCCUUCUCCCCGGGUCUCCUCAGAGCUGCGGGUCUCUCGACGGUGGUGGCUGGCCGGUCCCUCGAGGCGGGCGAAAGCAAUCCCGAGGCAGGAGGGGCCGCUGUGAGCACCCGGGAGGCGUUUUCGGCCUUGGCCUAAAAUGGCGGACCCGGCAGAGUGCAAUAUCAAAGUGAUGUGUCGCUUCAGGCCCCUCAACGACUCCGAGGUGACGCGGGGCGACAAGUACAUCGCCAAGUUCCAGGGCGAGGAUACCGUCGUUAUCGCGUCCAAGCCGUAUGUAUUUGAUCAUGUAUUCCAGUCUCACACGUCACAGGAACAAGUAUAUAAUGAUUGUGCAAAAAAGAUUGUCAAAGAUGUACUUGAAGGAUAUAACGGUACAAUAUUUGCUUACGGACAGACAUCAUCUGGGAAGACACAUACUAUGGAGGGGAAACUACAUGAUCCAGAUGGAAUGGGGAUUAUUCCAAGGAUAGUGCAAGAUAUAUUUAAUUAUAUUUAUUCCAUGGAUGAAAAUUUGGAAUUUCACAUUAAGGUGUCAUAUUUUGAAAUUUAUCUGGAUAAAAUAAGGGACCUUUUGGAUGUCUCCAAGACCAAUCUUUCUGUUCAUGAAGACAAAAACAGGGUACCUUAUGUGAAGGGCUGCACUGAACGUUUUGUUUGUAGUCCUGAUGAAGUUAUGGAUACUAUAGAUGAAGGAAAAUCUAACAGACAUGUAGCAGUCACAAACAUGAAUGAACACAGUUCUCGAAGUCAUAGCAUCUUUCUCAUUAAUGUAAAACAAGAAAAUACUCAGACGGAACAGAAAUUGAGUGGAAAGCUUUACCUUGUAGACUUGGCAGGUAGUGAAAAGGUUAGUAAAACAGGAGCAGAAGGUGCUGUGCUGGAUGAAGCUAAGAACAUCAACAAGUCUUUGUCGGCUCUUGGCAAUGUCAUUUCUGCUUUAGCUGAAAACAGUACAUAUGUUCCAUAUCGUGAUAGUAAGAUGACCAGAAUCCUUCAAGAUUCACUAGGUGGCAACUGUAGAACAACAAUUGUUAUUUGUUGCUCUCCAUCAUCUUACAAUGAAUCUGAAACAAAAUCUACACUGUUGUUUGGUCAGAGAGCCAAGACUAUCAAGAACACUGUUUGUGUUAAUGUAGAGUUAACUGCAGAGCAAUGGAAGAAAAAAUAUGAGAAAGAAAAGGAGAGAAAUAAGACAUUACGCAACACAAUACAGUGGCUUGAAAAUGAGCUCAAUAGAUGGCGUAAUGGUGAGACUGUACCUGUUGAUGAACAGUUUGACAAAGAGAAAGCCAACUUAGAAGCAUUUGCCAUGGAUAAGGAUGUUACUAUUACUAAUGAUACUCCAACUGCUCCUAUUGGAGUGGUAGGCAGUUUUACUGAUGCUGAAAGGCGAAAGUGUGAAGAAGAAAUCGCUAAAUUGUACAAACAACUAGAUGACAAGGAUGAAGAAAUUAAUCAGCAGAGCCAGUUGGUUGAAAAGCUGAAAACACAGAUGUUGGACCAGGAAGAGCUCCUAGCAUCUACUAGGCGGGACCAAGACAAUAUGCAAGCCGAACUGAAUCGCCUCCAGGCUGAAAACGAUGCCUCUAAAGAAGAAGUGAAAGAGGUGCUCCAGGCCCUUGAGGAACUUGCUGUCAACUAUGACCAGAAGUCUCAGGAAGUGGAGGACAAGGCAAAGGAAUACGAGCUGCUCAGUGAUGAACUUAAUCAGAAAUCGAUUACAUUGACCAGUAUAGAUGCAGAACUUCAGAAACUUAAGGAAAUGACCAAUCACCAGAAAAAACGGGCCACCGAAAUGAUGGCAUCUUUACUGAAAGAUCUUGCAGAAAUAGGAAUUGCCGUGGGGAAUAAUGAUGUGAAGCAACCAGAAGGAACUGGCAUGAUAGAUGAAGAAUUCACAGUUGCAAGACUCUACAUCAGUAAAAUGAAGUCUGAAGUGAAAACCAUGGUAAAGCGGUGCAAACAGUUAGAAAGCACUCAAACAGAAAGCAAUAAGAAAAUGGAAGAAAAUGAAAAAGAAUUAGCAGCCUGUCAGCUUCGUAUCUCACAGCAUGAAGCUAAGAUCAAGUCACUUACGGAGUAUCUUCAAAAUGUGGAACAGAAGAAAAGACAACUUGAAGAGUCUGUGGAUUCCCUUAAUGAUGAACUGGUUGAGCUUCGAGCACAAAAAAAAGUCCAUGAAAUGGAGAAGGAGCACUUGAACAAAGUUCAAACUGCAAAUGAAGUCAAGCAAGCUGUUGAGCAGCAGAUUCAGAGCCACCGUGAAACUCAUCAAAAGCAGAUUAGCAGCCUGAGAGAUGAAGUUGAAGCAAAGGAGAAACUCAUCACUGAACUGCAAGAUCAAAAUCAGAAAAUGAUGCUUGAGCAGGAACGACUCAGAAUUGAGCAUGAUAAGCUGAAAGCUACUGAUCAAGAGAAAAGCCGGAAGCUGCAUGAACUUACGGUUAUGCAAGAUAGGCGAGAACAAGCAAGGCAAGAUUUGAAAGGUUUGGAAGAGACUGUGGCCAAAGAACUUCAGACCCUGCACAAUCUGAGGAAGCUGUUUGUUCAGGAUUUGGCUACCAGAGUGAAGAAGAGUGCUGAGAUUGACUCUGAUGACACUGGGGGUAGUGCUGCUCAAAAGCAGAAGAUCUCUUUUCUGGAAAAUAACCUUGAACAGCUCACAAAAGUCCACAAACAGCUGGUACGUGAUAAUGCAGAUCUUCGCUGUGAGCUUCCAAAACUGGAGAAACGACUUAGAGCUACAGCUGAGAGAGUUAAGGCUUUGGAGUCUGCCCUGAAAGAAGCCAAAGAGAAUGCAUCUCGUGAUCGCAAGCGGUAUCAGCAAGAAGUUGAUCGUAUUAAAGAAGCUGUCAGAUCGAAGAAUAUGAUCAGAAAGGCACAUUCUGCACAGAUUGCUAAGCCUAUUCGCCCUGGCCAGCAUCCAGCAGCUUCUCCAACUCAUCCAAGUGCAAUUCGGGGGGGAGGUGCUUUUACACAGAACAGCCAGCCCGUUGCCCUCCGUGGAGGUGGAGGACGACAGGACAAAGUGUAACAUCUACGUCAUACAGAUGCUGAGAAGUACAUGCAGCAUGAAGAUCGGUAUUGUGCAACGAGAGUCAUUCCGUGACAGUGAUCUCUGUAUCUGUCUCUUACUGGGAGUUGUAGGAUUUUUGGGGGCGGGGGUGGGGGAUUGUAUAAACUUACACUGGUCUGUACAGCUCUCGUCAUUCUACAGAUUUGGCUGAUUCCCAACAAAAUUACAGAGAAAAUUGUCCCUCUUGGGAAAUCGACUUGUAACUAUAAAAUGUAGCUCUUUCCAUUACACAAUCCUGUCUUUCACGUCUUAAAUUUAGUCUGCACUGUGCCAAGUUGAAUGUAUGUUAAGCAACAUCCUAGUUUAAAAAAAAAAAAUCCUAGCUUAAUUUGUGUAUAUUUUAUGGUCUUAGGGAAUGUGGAACAAUGUUAAAGUAUGUUUUAAUUUUUACCACUUUUAAAUAACACUACUUGACCCCACUCUUGAAUUAGAGCAGCACUGUACAUUAAGUUUGCCCAAAUGGCUGUAUAGAGCAUAAGACUGAAAUUAUUUGUACAGUAUUCGGUUACUGAGGUAUGCUUAUGACGACUGCCCUAAGGCACUGAAGUCUCAGAAGUAGAACUAAAAAAAACUUAUGUUCUAAUGAGGCUGUUUUACUAUGUGAUUAAAUCUCUGUUAUCAGGUUAAUGAGUUAAUACUGUGUAGCAAGUAGUAAAUGUAAGUUUACAUAGAAAGACUUGGCAAUGACUUCUUUCAUCUAUCCUGUUCCUGAAUAGACACAGAAUAGUGUGAUGAAGUGAAAACAUUCUGCUUCAUCUUGAAGAGCCUGUUAAUGGUCACCAGGGUUGGAUAAAUGGUGUUAAGUACUGUGGUGAGCAAUUGGGACAUUGUAGACCACCUCUUUUGCCAGCUGUGGUUUUACUAAUUAUCUGCAAAGUACAAAUUGGGUUUUCAGUUUAAAGGGAGUGUGAGUCACUUGAAAACAAGGAACAAACUGAAGACAGAAAGGAGGCAAGUGUGUUCAGAAUGGCCAGAAGUGUCAGAUGGUUGUGGGAAUUGUGCUACACUGAAACUGUACUGUAACUUAUUUGUAAAUCUAGACUUCUGUAAAUGUUUUCUUCCAGAGUACUUUGUCGGGCCAUUUUAUAUUACCUUUCUCUUUUGCAAUUUUAAAAAUGAAAAAAAAAAUGCCCUGUAAAAAAGCACUUGUAAUUACAUCACAUGAAAGUCAAAGAAUGCCUUUGAUGGGGUGCUAAAAAACAAUAGAAGGUUCCUUCCUCAUUAGACCAGAAUUAGGAUGGUAGCAGGCAAGAGAAUAAAUGUUGCAGUGGUGAAGAUUUCUGAACGACGGCUCUUUUGAAGCAAGUCCAUGCCAGUUUUAUAGCUUGCUGCAAAACGUUCGCAAGCACUUCCGUUUGAUCUGGAGGAUUGACUGGCUGCUUUUUUUUACACAAACUAAAAUAUUUGUAUUAUGAAGCUUAGUAACGGGAAACUUUGGGUAGUCAUUUCCUUCCUAUUCCUUAUGAUUUGUUUCUUUUUAUAUAUAAUUUUGUUUUUAGAGGCUGGAUUUUUAUCAGCCAGACCCUCACUAUUUAGGGAUUUUCAUACCCUAAACCUAUUACUUUUGUGCUUGAAUUCACACUCCAAACCCAAAAUGAACUAAUUCUGUAACUUACAAGGGGACUAAUACAAAAGAGAAAAGGUGUUGCAAGUCAUGCUUGAAGUUGCAUUUCUCAAUUUAUGUCAAUUUCUCAACAGUAACCAUACAUUUUCAGUCCUGAUUCAAUUGAUGCAGUAAGUCUGGUUUCCUGGCCAUAUAUUCAAAUGAAGCAGGAUAUUUUCUCAUGGCUGUUAUGGUAGUUUCAUUCCUGUAAGUAACGUAUCACGGGUUUUGGUGCUGACAUGGCUGUGUAAUUAAGCGGUUAAAUAAACUGUAACUAGCAUGUAGCUCAAAAUGUACAUCCUUUUUAUACCUAAGCUUUUUUAUUUUAACCUUUUAUGAAGUUUACCAAGAACUGCAACUUAGACUUUAAAAAGAACUCCUAUUUUAGUUCUUUGGAUCACCUACAAUAGGUUGCAUGAACAGGACAGUUAACUGGUUUUGUAAAUUUAAGAUCUUCAGUCUGCAAUAGAAUUUUAAAAGGAUUGCUGUUCCAAUUUACACUCCUGGGUUUUUUUUUUUUAAAUUAUUCCUCUAGGCCAUUUAAAAAUGGCUUGGGGAUAGGAAUUGAGUGAGAUAAAAGAACACUAUUUAUUCAUGGAGAUCAACUAAAUUAUUUGCAUAACUUUACUGAUGUAUUUCUUUAUGUAACUCCAAAUUAGACCGAAAAUGACAAGAGUCUGCCUUGUGGACACAGUGGUUUAUUCUCAGUACAUGAGGAUGCAUCACAAAAUAAAUGGUUUGGAAAAGAUGCCAUAUAGUUUUAACUACCUGCAUGCUGUAAAUGUUUUUUGUGUUUAAAUAAAAUCUUUGAAUUUCAGUGAA